GCGUGGGAGGGACUACAGCGGCAAGCUCUCCUUUCAAUUACGCGACAGAAACCAACCCGGGAUGCUAACAUGCACGUCUGCAAAAGGUGUGCUGUGGAUAUGAUCGCGCGAAGAAAAACAACAAUUACUCGAAACUAAACGGUGAAAUCUAAUGGCCUCUUUGGAGUUACUUUAUAUAGAUAAAGCAGGAGGAAAUUCCGAUACGACACUCGUCCUUGAAUGGGCAUCAAAUCCGCUGGACGUUCACAAAUCGAAAAGCCCAGCCGUCGAGGCGCUUCCCAGGGAGAUUGAGCGCGGUUUGGCUGUGAGAGUAUCUGACUGCGAAGGACAAUGUAAUUCAGCACCAAGGACGGUUCCCUUGAAAGGACUCCCUGGCAAACACGGCCACAAAGGAGCCGAAAAGGUCAGGGUCUGCUGCGACGAGGAAUUGGAAACUUCUUUCACGUACGUGGACGAAAAUGUCAACUUGCGACUGGCAACUCCGGACGCAAGCGGGAAAAUUCCACCCGGAGCUGUUUGCCACAGCUCGUCAUGCGAACUCCGCCCCGAUGGCUUUCAGGAGUUCUCACUAAUGUCCGAAAAUGACCUCACGUCGGAAAGUGCUGGGAAAUCAGUUGACUAUGGAUUUAUUAGUGCGGUCACUUUUCUUGUGACUGGAAUCUCGCUGGUUAUCAUAUCUUAUUCUGUCCCCCGUGACGUUAACAUGGACCCUGACAGCGUCUCAGCCAGGGAAAUGGAAAGGCUGGAGAACGAGAGCGCUAGGGUAGGGGCACACCUGGAUAGGUGCGUGAUUGCUGGGCUCUGUCUCCUCACCUUGGGCGGUGUCGUGCUCUCCACUCUUCUCAUGAUAUCCAUGUGGAAGGGGGAGAUGUACAGGAGAAAAGCCUUCGCGUAUUCCAAGCACUCCACCAAACUGUAUGGUUCCAUCAACUUUAACACAAGGGCUAGCCCCAGCUGCGCAUCUCCUCAUUGCUCCAUGGAGGAAGUCAACGACGCAAACGAUACCUGUGGAUGACUUGCGUCGGUAUUGCAAACCCAUGCACUCGUCCAAAUAUUAACGAAAUGAACACACACACGCAGCAUACUAACAUAUCGUGGAUGGAACUAAUAAUCCGUGCUGUUUUAUGCCACACACACAGUGUCAGUGAUUAGUCUAAUUGACUUGUAGUAUAGCACUAUAACAUUACAUCUGAAACAUUAAUUACAUGAAUGGCCACAGAGAAAAGCAUUAGCAGUACAAUCAGCAACGUUGCUAGCAGUGUAACAAGAUAGCAUGUGUUUUGUUGAAAGUCUGAAUUGUUCAUCAUUUGAAAUGGAUUUACCCUUCCAGUAAAAACAACCAGAGCACAUGUCAGAAUACUGGAAAGCCUCUGUGAGGAGAGAGACAAUGUAUUGGAGAUGCAAUAUCAUGAAGCUUUCAUUUGUCAUUCAUUUUUAAUGUUGGGAAAGCAACUUGCAGCAUGCAGAAUUUUUGAAAAGAACUGUGUCAAUCUUCUGUGAGCUCGGAAUUCUGAGGUGGCAAAAGGCUGACUGUAGGCCUAUACACUUACAGCUGUUUGUUUGUUGUCAAGACCAACUUAUAGGAGGUUCACAAAGUGGAAAUAAAUCAA